AUAAUACUACGAUAAACAAAAAUUCUUGGAGGCCACGAUUCCUCAGCUCUUUUGAGAGAAAACAUUAAUUUAAAGCCAAUUUCCCGUGGAUCGAGUUUGUUUCCGUGCUAUUAUAUAUAGAUAAUCGAUCCUCCAUUAGCACCACACCAGUGACCAAUACAGACAAUGGCUAAUCCAGCAGCGUCGUGGUUGCAACUUCCGCGGGAGUUAACGGCAAACAUUCUGCAAAGGCUGAGUGUGGAGGAUAUUUUCCAGAGCGCACAGGUGUGUACUGCGUGGUGGAGGCUGUGGAAAGACCCUUCCAUGUGGCGCUAUGUGGACUUGUGGAAUCUAGAAGCUGAGCCGGCGGGUAAAGCACGGGACUGGGAUAAAAUUUGCAGAGAAGUAGUGAAUCGCAGUGAGGGGCAACUUAUUUCUAUCAAACUAGGCAACUUUGCUACUGAUGAUCUGCUCUUCUACAUUGCUCAGAGAGCAAAACAGCUGAGGCAUCUUGGUAUUAGGUCCUGCAGCCAUGUUUCUGAUGAAGGUUUUAGAAAAGCUGUUAAUGAGUUUCCAGUGUUGGAGGAGCUACAACUUGAAUACACUCCCAAUAUUUCUAAACAAGGAAUUGAAGCUGCUGGACAGUCUUGCCCUUUCCUCAACUCAUUUUCCUUUAUCAAGAAGGUAAGUGGAUUCCUAAACGGAUCAUCUGAUGAGGAGGCUGUUGCCAUUGCAGAAAACAUGCAUGGCUUGAAACACCUUACACUUGAUGGAAAUCGAAUGACAGAUAAAGGCGUGGAGGCCAUCCUUGAUGCUUGUCCUCUCCUUCAAUCUCUCAACUUAGACCACUGUAAUUAUAUUUGGCUCGGAGGGGAGUUGAGGGACAGAUGCUCUCAACAGAUUAAGGACCUGAGCCACCACAUUGACAAUCCUGGUGUUUAUUUAACCGAACUCUUUUGGGACUUUAAAUUAAGAGACCCUGGUGGCUUUGAUGAAAUGAUCCGUGGAUCCAAAGAUCGGCUUUACGGAUUAUUGUGAUCACUAUAUAUACUUCCAUUUCCUGUUCUUCACUCUCAAUUGUUUCCUGUUCUUCACUCUCAAUAUAUAUAUUCCAAUUCCAAUUUA